CUCGUGAGUCACGAACGCGCUGCGGCUUGCUUUCGCCGGUUACCCGCGCCACAGAGCAGCCAGUCCAGUUGUCGUCGCCGCACGCGCUCUUUCGCCUUUCGUGCCGCGUCUCGCCGACCGGAUGGAGCCGUGCUUGCACGCGGUCAAACAGCGAAGCCGAGCGGAGCCGAGCCGGGCCGAACCGAAUGGGAAGAGCGCGCGUCGCAUCUCUCAGUGACGCCUUGCGUGUGCGUCACCGCGUGUCACGAGUGCGUGUACCACGCUACGAACAGUUUCUUUCCUCUCCUCCUCGUGCCCGCGUUUUUCGGCAUUCCGUUCGCGCCGCGAAUCGCGCUCCGGGCUGACUGGGCUUUGGACUCUCGCGAUCACGCCUGAGCUCGUUAUCAGCCGGAAACGAUAAUGUGAUCCGCGACAUCGGUAGCUCGUAGUAGCUCGGAGAAGAAAAAUCGAAUCGGUGCGGUUGUGUAAACGUCAAAGUGUGUUGUGAGGAUCGCACAAAAGCUUGGAGACUCGCUUUAGCGAUGAUUAUAAUGCUGUGAUAAUGGUGAUAAUAUCUGGAGAGUCCGUUAAUUUGGAGGUUUAGAUUGUGCCCGAUUAAAGUUAUCGCAAGGACGAGCCGGUGAAGUGCCAUCGUCGUUCCACUUUAGCUUUAUUUUCUCGUCUACAAAAAAAAAGCCUAUACACGUGUCGCUUGUUCCGCUUAUCGAUACAUGUGAUUGUAAAUCGGGAGGAGGCGUGUAGGAAAAGAAAAUGAGAAUCGUGACUUGUUUUCGGAUUCCGGCUUCUGUGUUGAAAAAUCAUCGUCGCGGUACUCGAAGCUUUCUGAAAAAGACAAAACGAAAAACAAACACACGCGUCUUCUUCCCAACAGAAAUUAAAUCUCCCGAGCAACGUCGUCGACCGGUUUGGCCGUUGAAUCGAUGUUGAGGACUUAUCGGCGAUACGUUAUCUGCGAACGAUCGUCGCGCGACGAGAUCAAAGACCGACAACUCGACGAGCGGCAACCGGUGCUCGUUCCGCGCGAAACUCGUCCCCGCAAGUUCGCCGAUCAUGGACGAUCGAGAGAGCCCGUUCGUGCGAACGCAGGCCAGCAGGAGUCUGAUCCGGCCGCAGGCGGUGCGAAAGUUCCUGACGCCGUCGCCCGCGGAAAGGGCGGCGCAUCAGCUGAUAAAUCGACAGUUCGCCGGCAGUGAGUCGGAAACGACGAGCCCGACCGGCAUGUCGAAGCGGCUGUCGGCGCCGCACACGCCCUUGGAGAGCCUGAAGCAGUGGGAGCUGGUGGAGGACGGCAAGGGCCUGCAAGUGGUCGAGAAGCGCGCCGGCGGCGCUCCGAGUCCGGUCAGAUCCAAGGAAGCGAUGUCCGCCGCGAGUCCGUUGUACGGACGCACUCCCGUGUCCAGAAGAAGACUCUACGGCGAGACGAACAUGAACGCGAGCCUGGAGGAGAAACUGCGGGCCUUCACCGAGUCGAAGAUCGUCCAGCCGAUCGGACUUCCGCUCGCGCAGCAAUCACCCGUCACGUCACAUCCGGAACCCGCCGUCAAAGCGCCGCUCAGUCUCGAUCUGAUUCUGAAGCAGCAGCGAGCGACGGCGGGCGCGACGUCGGUCGAAAGCACCGACAUGCUGCAGCGAUUGGAGCAGCAGGUCAAGGCCAUCGAGAUGGGCACUAUCGCGGCGAGGACGACGCGCCAGCUCGAGAACAGUUUGGAUUUCGGGCCGGAGGUCCAGCUACGGUAUCGAGAACACGAGGACCUGCUGCGGAACGUGACUGACGACGAGGCCGAGGGGGCCUCGCCGUUACACCGCGGAGAUGCGACGCGGAAUUCCACCGGAAACGCCGGCAUCGCGCCAAAGAAGCCCACCGUUAAGUUGUCCAGGACCGCCUCGGACACGCGGCGCGGACAGGAAGCGGAGAUGAGGGCGCAGUCCAGGAUGCCGCAAACUCGCGCGCUCGUACGGCCGAUAGUUACGAAGAAGGAUCAUCAGCGUCAUCAGCAACAGCAACAGCAGAGUAACUCGGUCACCAUCCCGCUCAGACCGUUGUCAGACAUCAUGCAGAAGGGUAUUCAGAGCGAGAAGGAGACGGGGGAUGGCGUAGGGGUAUCGAGUAGCGGAGGCCGGCUCUCUUCAAGGAGUCGGACCUCCGAGGAACCUCACAUUGGCAAGUACAAAUUACUGAAAACUAUUGGCAAAGGAAACUUCGCCAAAGUGAAGCUUGCUAAGCAUGUGCCGACGGGAAAGGAAGUAGCCAUCAAGAUCAUCGAUAAGACUCAAUUGAAUCCCGGUAGUCUUCAAAAGUUGUUCCGAGAAGUCAGGAUAAUGAAGAUGCUCGACCAUCCGAACAUAGUGAAGCUGUUCCAAGUAAUCGAGACUGAAAAGACACUGUACCUGGUAAUGGAGUAUGCCAGCGGCGGCGAGGUCUUCGACUACCUGGUCCUGCACGGGCGGAUGAAGGAGAAGGAGGCGAGGGCGAAGUUCAGGCAGAUCGUGUCUGCUGUGCAAUACUGCCAUCAAAAGAAGAUCAUUCACAGAGACUUAAAAGCCGAGAAUCUGUUGCUCGAUAGUGAAAUGAAUAUCAAGAUCGCCGAUUUCGGUUUUAGCAAUGAAUUCACGCCUGGUAACAAGUUAGACACAUUUUGCGGUUCGCCGCCUUACGCCGCGCCGGAACUCUUUCAAGGGAAAAAGUACGACGGCCCAGAAGUGGACGUAUGGUCGUUGGGCGUAAUCCUGUACACAUUGGUAUCCGGCUCACUGCCUUUUGAUGGUUCGACGUUGAGGGAAUUGAGGGAGAGGGUAUUAAGAGGGAAAUAUAGGAUCCCGUUUUAUAUGUCUACCGACUGUGAAAAUCUUCUCAAGAAAUUUUUGGUGCUCAAUCCGACGAAGAGAGCCUCACUAGAGAAUAUAAUGAAAGAUAAAUGGAUGAAUAUGGGAUAUGAAGAUGAAGAAUUAAAACCGUACUUAGAACCUGAACCUGAUUAUAGAGACCACAAGAGGAUAGGUGAGUCUGCCAAGGCCCUAGCUAAUUUGGGAUACACUCGAACCGAAAUAGAAGAUUCCUUAGGACAAGCAAAAUAUGACGAUGUAUUCGCUACGUACUUGCUCUUAGGCAGGAAAACGACAGACCCUGAAAGCGAUGGUUCACGAUCGGGUAGUUCAUUAUCGCUGCGAAACAUUCCACCUCAAGUCGGCUCAGGUGGUGGCGGAGGGAGCAGCGGGGGGACAGGUGGCGCGGUACAGAGUCCAUCGCACAGAGGUGUUCACAGAAGUAUUUCUGCUAGCAAUCCAAAACCCAGUAGACGGGCCUCGUCUGGUGGUGAAACUCUUCGAGGCGCACCUAGCCCAGGUAAUGCAACGAAUCACAAUCAUGCAACUGCGGUAACUGGCGCAACUGUGACCGGAAGUGGUGGUAGUAACUUUAAACGACAAAAUACCGUAGAUGCAGCUACGAUCAAGGAAAAUAGUGCUCGUGUUUCUGCAAGCCGGCCCUCUGCAGCUAAAAACAGUCAAUCACCCGGGCAAUUAGAUACCAUGACGAUGUUCAUUCUAGGCGUGGGUACAAGUCCUGGCGGUAAAGCAAGGGUAGGAAAGAGCAACACAAUGAACGCAGGAGUAGGUGGUGGUCGGCCUCUCACCUCACCUGCUCCUGGUUCUGUUGGUCGACGUAGUACCAUCUCCUAUGAUCAAGCGAAAACAUCAUCUUCAUCUACUGAAAGAACCAACGAAGUAACCAGCCUGGGCGAAGGCACUAGACCAAGUCUGCGGGGUCACACGAAGUCUGCGAGCAUCAGUGCAGGUCACCGUUCCUCAAGUGGCGUACCCCCCAGCGACCAUUCACUACUGGACCCUCAACCACGCAACGCCCACAACUCCUUACUCGCCACUGCUGACCCCCUUAGGCAGAGCUUGGGUGUAUGCGCAAGUAACAGACUGGCCACAACCACUACGCCAGCAUUUCCACGGAAUGUUCCGAGUCGCAGUACGUUCCAUUCUGGCCAAAAUAGAGCACAGCGAAAUCACACUCAGGGUCACACACAAACACAGGACACAAAUGCGAUUAGCCCUCUAGCAAGGCCGUCCUUCUUCUCCAAAUUAUCCUCGAAGUUCUCCAAACGCCCCAUGGACCCAUCCGUACCCCCCAAGCACCCAGUAGUGAGCGGAGCUACCACCAACGACGAACAGGUGAAACCACGCAGUCUACGCUUCACAUGGAGUAUGAAGACCACCAGUAGUCGGGACCCUAAUGAAAUUAUGUCCGAGAUUCGAAAGGUGCUGGACGCUAACAAAUGCCAGUACGAGCAACGCGAACGAUUCCUCUUGCUGUGCGCGCACGGCGAGGCGGCGACGGACAGCCAAGUGCAGUGGGAGAUCGAGGUCUGCAAACUGCCACGACUUUCCCUGAACGGGGUGCGGUUCAAGCGUAUCUCCGGCACGUCGAUCGGUUUCAAAAAUAUCGCCAGCAAGAUCGCGAACGAGCUCAAGCUGUGACUGGCGGCCACGGGCGCCCUAGCCGCCAAUCGCGCCAAUCCAUAACGACCUCGUGAGCGUAGCCACCAAGUGGCGGUGGUCACCGAGGAGUUUUACUCUUGUUUCUUCUUCUGGGACUCCGACUCCGAAUCUGAUACCCAAGAAAUAUUCGUUUAAACGAUUCCUCCGUCCCGGUCGACGAGCGUCGUCGUCGUCGUCGUCAGGUGAAAGAGAUAGAGGAAGAAAGUAUGAAAGAGGAGAGAACACACGCCCUCAUCAUCGUCUCCUCUACGUUUGAUGGAGGUACCGCUGUAACGAUUCGUUGAGAAAAUCCGAAACUGUGAUCCGUGACGGCUAACACGUAUUCAAAUACUCCCGAGUGCCAAAAUGGAGAACUAACGGUCGGGUCCUCGAGAGCGACGAAGAUAGGAACAGACGGACCAGCUGACCUCAACUGAUACGAAGAAGCUGGCAUUAGACACAAUAAUCCACGUUUAUUAGUUUCGAAUUUUCGUUUAUCGAGAACAACAGGGGAAAACGUGCAUCCGAGCGAAAGUAAAUGAGUGUCACACUUACAGAUUGACCUGCCCUCCCGAUUUUCGAGUAAUCCAUGUAUCACGAACUAUCACUUCGUUUCCAAAACAGUAUUAAGUAAUAAGUCUUGUGUUAUUCUUGAUGUUGAAGCUGUCUGCAUUCAAAUUGGUAUGCUUCUGAAAUGUCGGACACACCGCGUGCAAUGUUGCUCCAUCGUUAUUACAAGAUGUUCUGAUAGAAUCAGAACGAGAAAUUCAAUCGGAUCGUCAAAUGUGCCUAAUAAAGCAUCUCUCACAUCAAUUACGUUUCUUAUGGGAACAGUGUUCCUUGUAUUGUAAAAUAACGCGACCAUUUCCAUCUUGCGAGAGUUUGAAAGAAUGGGACAGUAUAUUUGCAACGUCAAGAGAUUUAUUUGUUAACUUUCUGAUUUUCGCUGAUCUUACGCUUUGUAUGUGAAAUUUCACGAGCAGGUUUCGCCCGUUAAACAAAUUCAACAAAUUCGCAAAACCUGUCGAGGGAGAUACGCGUAGCGUCGAUGAGAAUCUACCUUCAUUUAUCACAUAUUAGCCGAAAAUAACAAAUUGAAACUAUUUUAAUGCGUUGUACAAAUGUGCAACUGUUUACUUUUUUUUUUUUUUUUUUUUUUUGAACAUUUUUAUGAUACUUUACUUUUUUUAUUUAUAGUAUAAGUUUGAAAAUACGCAGCACUAUAGACAUUAGCCAAUUAAUUAAAACAUAAUAAUUAUUAUUAUUUUUAUUUCUAUUAUAGACGACAAGUAUAUAUAGUAUACACAAUUAUGAAGGUAGAAGCAGAGGAAGAGUUAUUAACAUAAUUUAGAAAUACCAUCGAGUUAUUACUCGCGUUUCAUGUGAAUAAUACACACAAGUACUUCAUCAUUGUCAGAGAGUUGGAAUUAUAAACCUAAACUACAUCAGUAAUAACGAGAUCUGUUAUUUCUACAAGAAGUACGAUAAAUAUUAAAUUUAAGUAUUGUAAUUGGCUAUAUUGUACUAUUUAAUCCUUUCAUUCGCAGAAGAUAUUCGCAGUUGAAUGAAGUAAAAUUAGGGAUUACCGUAAAUCUUAGAGGCGAACUAGAGACUUGGUGUAUAUAAUAUAUAUUAUGAAGGUACUAAAAAUUAAUAAAGAGAGUAAGAGAGAGAGACGAGAGGAAGAAAGAGAAAGAGAGAACCUCACACACCAAGAUCAUAAAAUACACUUUGGAACUCGAGUAUCGCAAACUUUUUAUAUUUGCCUAAGAUUAAUGAAGUAUGUUAUUAAAAUAGGCAAUGACUAAUUUAUUUACAUACUAUAAACUCAAUGAUUUUUCACAUUUCUAACACUUGCUACACUGAGAAAUACAGAGUAACUUCAGUGCACCGACACCAUGUACAAUCGCGGUACAUCGUGUGUUGCGAAUUGUGAAACGACUGAUAGCAACUAAGUAUCGGCGCCAAUUGUCUAUUACCGAACAUCUUGACGAAAAUUCUAAGUGCUAUGAUUAAAUGCAACACCGGCAUCGGGACUUACCUUCUUUGUGUAUCACCAUACCAGUUUCGUGUCGUCGGAUUACUCCAUGAACCAAUAAGCAAGAUAAUUGUAAUAUAGUAAUAAUGUUAUCGAUUUAAACAAGGAGAGAGUCAAAGCUAAGUGCAAACAUUCAUACCCCUCCGUCGGAGAAAGAAAGAGAGAGAGAGAGAGAGAGAAACCCACAAUCACUGUUAGAGAAUUUAGACCGGAGGAUGUAUCGAGAGUUUCCUUUCCGUUUGUUCCUGCAUCAAUCAGAGUUAGUAACCCCGAGUACAAUGUUGAACAUCAUUAAUCUCGCCAUUGUAAAGUAAAAAAAAAAAAAAAAAGGAAAAGGAUUGUAAUCCGGAAGCGGUCGUUGUAACAAAAUGACUCUAUAGAAGUACACACCAUAAUAGUGAUUAUUAUUAUUAUUAUUAAUGUUAACGUAAGGCCCUUCAGAUAGCAUUAAUGGUAUUAUCCCCGGCAUAUAGACGAAUUAAUUAUAUACUGUAAUCUAUACAUAAACCCACUCUUCGCUCGCUUGCUUUACGAAAUGAAUGUAUAAAUUAAUGAUCGAUGCUUAACAGGAAGAAAUAUAAAUCUAAGAACAUUUAUGAUUUUAACACGUGAGAAAAACGGAUUUAUCGCGAGACAAUUAGAGCCGCAGAGCUGCACGGGCGACAUUUAAGAAUUCCUACCCGGCAUAAUGUCGGUGGGGCUUUUUGUGAUUUUUUUUGUAUGUAAGUAUGUGCCGCGAUAUAUAUUUCUCCCGCGUGUGUGUGUUGCCCGUACAGCUGUGCACAUGUUCUCAGCACGCACAUGAUACACAUACAUGAAAUACAUUACAUACACAUGUCAGUCUCUGUAGAUAGAUACAUACAUACAGCUUUGCUAAGUGUUUUCUGGUGAUCGGUAUCUAGCCAAAAUGUAGCAAAACGUUUAUAAUAAAAUGGUAACACGCA